CGGUCGCAGCAGCAGCCCUGGUCCAUCGCGCGCAGAGAAGAAAUCACGAUGAGGCUUGGACUUCUCGUCCUCCUCGGCCUCGCGCUUUGCGCCGCACAAACGGCAGACAAUGAGACCGACCCCUACUUUCCAGCUCCGUAUUUUGACGAAGGAGAAAACUUGAGUAGCCAGAACUGUGGAAACGAAGCAUCUUGGAACAAAUGGAUCGUUUUUGUUAAACAAAAUAGUACUAGACAACUUUGCUAUCCAUUUAUCGCUAUCUCUCAAAGGACUCUUCUUGGACUGGGUAAUAAUUGUCCUUGGAUAACAAAUGAUACAACUAAUCUACGGGUCAUUCCGAGCUAUUGUUUGGGCAAAACACAAGAGGAAUGCAUCAGAAAUUCCGUCAAAGUGCUGAAUGUAAUUGACACUGACAUACAUCCAACGGCUGAUUUAAAAUUCAAGAUUUGGAUUACUGAGAAAAUGCCGAGUGAGCUCGUUACUCCCAUUUGUUUGUUCAACCGUGACAACGUAAUGGACUUGCAACUUCAAAGAGAAUCACCAUACUUUGAAUUGUCAAUAUCUUCCGAUCCUCCACCAUAUAUCCCAAUAUAUAAUGUGACGGGCCAAAGCAACUGUAACAGGAUUCUAAGCAGUGCUCAAUUGGAAGAUUUGAAAACUAAAAAUAUUCCCAUCCAGAAUAUCCUGUGUGUCAAGCUAACCAAAAUGAACUCUCAGUAUCUGAUCAAAUUCUACAAAGGACGGUAUUUCUUGAGAGGAGUAAAAUAUUAUCGGAACUACCAUUUUUACAUUGAUUUAUUGCCAUACAUUGACGACAUCGCAAGGCAAACAAAAGAUAUUCCUGCUCUACGCCCGGUCCCGCAAACAAAACAGCCAAGAGGAUUCAAAGCAUCAGACAACCUCAGUUUCCCAAACUGUGGAAGGAAACCGACGUCAACGAGAAGGAGACGCGGAAUUGUUGAUUCUUCUGAAGAUUUGCAACCGACUAGACAUAUUUUGGGCGGAAUCAUAGCUCAGACCGGCAACCACCCUUGGCAUGUUUACAUUGAGAAUUAUAUGGCUAGAACAACCUGUGGCGGGACAUUGAUUUCGCCGACAGCAGUUUUGACUGCUGCACAUUGCAUUUAUGGAUCAGAAGUAGAGGACUUUAUAGUUUCUCUUGGGCUCUAUGAUAAAAGACAAAGAUCAGUUCCUGGUGUUCAGACAAGAUUGGUUACCAGACUGAUCGUGCACCCGAAAUAUGACUCAGCGGAAUUCAACAGCGACAUCGGACUCAUGAUUUUGAACAAAAAAAUUGAAAUAACCGACCAUGUCCAACCAAUUUGCUUGUGGAACGACGACUCUGACUCUAACUUGGCUCGCGUGGCUGGAACUGAAGCUAUGGCGGUUGGAUUCGGGCUUGUCGACAACCACACGCGCACAGAUGAACUGCUACAAGCUCGACUGCCGAUUAGAGGUCACAGAGAGUGCUUCUUGUCAAGCAGGAGGUUUUUUGGGAAAUUUUUACGACCGGGAGACAAUUUUUGCGCCGGCUACACGAACGGAACGACCACCUGCAACGGGGACAGCGGAGGCAGCCUUUCCAUCGAAAAAAACGGCCGUUGGUUUAUCAGGGGCAUUGUCAGCUUUGGAAAAUCGAAAAAAGUUAUGUUUGAGGGCGAAGAAAGAUCGUUCUGUCACCCAAAUCAAUAUACGUUAUUCGUUGACGUCGCAAAUUACGUGGACUGGAUCGUGGAAAAUACGCCGGAAAUUUCAUUCUGAAAUUAAAAGCGGAAAGAAGUUUGUCAAAUGAAUUGAUAGUUAUUCAAUAGAAAAAUGUAGAUGGAAAGAAUAUAAUAAUAUCUUAUUGAU